AUGUCAAUGAAACCCCGCAUUUACCCCGUGCGCCCCCUUUUGAAACCUCAGAUCCACGUCUUAUCCAUCAAUCGACGAUAUGUCCAAUCAACCAAGCCGAAAGCUGCCACCAUAGCAGUACCGCCAUUGCCCGAGACUCCACGACACACGCCAGCGCACGCUGCAGUGACACAUCAGCCCCCAUUGGCCUACCUUCCGCUUAAGAACGUCAUUCGAACCUACUUGAUCACCCGUAUAUCGUCGUCCCCUGCCUUGUGGGGGAUAUUCUUCUGGGGACUCCAGUUGCUUGCCACUCCGAAGACAGCGCUGCUUGAUCCCGAUAAGAAUCGCGCUCUGAAUUGGGUGCUGAAGAAAACCUUCUACUCUCAAUUCUGCGCCGGAGAGAAUGGCGCUGAGGUUGCGAAAACGACCAAGGCCGUGAAGGGCGUGGGCUAUCAUGGCAUCAUCCUCGAGUAUGCACUCGAAGUGUUGCUCGAUGGCAUCGAACAUGGCCCAGUUCCUGGCGCAGACAGUCCAGAGACGAAGCGCGAGAUAGAAGAGUGGAGGCGAGGAAUGUUGUACACUGUCGAGAUGGCUGGACCAGGAGAGUUUGCAGCACUGAAGUGGUCUGGUCUUGGCCGUUAUGCCCUCCAUCUUCUCAAACAGAACAAGCCACCUACACCUCUUAUGGAUGCUGCCAUUCGCGAGGUUUGCGACGCUGCAGCGGCCAAGAACCUCGCACUGCUUCCCGGAGCCGAGGAGGAGAUCACCAACGCGGGUAUCGACACUUGGACGCUUGCACUGGAAAGACAGUACAAUCGCCACGAGACCGGUCAGACCAUUAUGUACAACACUUACCAAGCCUACCUGAAGUCGACACCUGAGAAAAUUGCGCGCCAUCUUGCCGAUGCCCGUGAGCACAGUUACACCAUUGGCAUCAAGCUGGUUCGUGGCGCUUAUCUAGCAUCCGAGCCAAAGAGCCAGGUGUGGUCUAGCAAGGCCGAAACGGACAGAGUCUACAACUCGUUGGCCGAGUCCCUACUCCGACGCCAGUACGGCGAAGUGCUGCGUCCCGCCCCGGGCUCUGACAAUGAAUCCUUCCCACAAGUUGCUUUGGUGCUGGCCACACACAAUGCGGAAUCUGUACGGCGAGCCCAAGAAAUUCGCAACCAACAAGUGGCCGCUGCCGAGCCACGUAUUACGUUGGCUUACGCGCAGCUCAUGGGCAUGGCGGACGAAGUUGGCUGUGAGCUGGUGCAGGCAGGGAAAUUAGCUAUGGCUGAACAAGGGGCUCACGGCGCCUAUGGUCCACUUUGGAGGAAGAUCGAUAUCCCCAAGGCAUAUAAAUGUCUUUGCUGGGGUACGGCGGGUGAGUGUCUGCAGUUCCUAUUGCGAAGGGCGGCAGAAAACAAGGAUGCAGCGACGAGGACAGCGACGACCAGGAAGGCCAUGGCUGGUGAGCUUAAGAGAAGGAUCAAAGCAGCGCUGCGGUUGACAUCGUAA